GCUUGACAACCUCAACGGAGAGUAGGCCUCAACAUCAUGACAGAUUCAUUGGCGUCGUUGAGAGUUGAGAGGAGCAUGCGAGGUUGCUGAGACAUCCAAUAUGUUGAACAAAAACUACACCAUGGCGGCGCUUCGGCGAGGUUCGUCCUCCUCCUUUGUUCGGCACCUGCUCCUUUUGCUGACACCUUGUCUGCUCACUGCGAAUGCUGACGCGGACGCCUCCACCCCCGCUCGCCCCGUCGAUCAACAGCGCGUUCUAGAUGCCUCUUGUCGCGACUGGCCUGGACGACCGCCUGAC